AUGGUUCCUUCUGAUGAUUCCUCAAAUGAGGGCUCAGGUCAAAUACUGUCCCAAGCAGAAAGAGCAGCUCAAAAGCUGUCGUCUGAAGAGACCGAACGGAAAAUAAAAGAUAUUGUCCGACUUGCUUUAGCAUCUGAACUUCGCAAGGUUCCUUUAAAGCGUGAUGAAAUUACAAGAAAAGUUUUACAUGAGCACUCUAGAGCGUUUACAGUAGUAAUGAACAAAGCUCGAGAACGUCUACGUGAUAUAUUUGGAAUGGAUUUAGUAGAAUUGCCGGCUAAAGAAAAGAAAGCUGUCACAAGUUCUGGAACUACGCGUAGAGGUGGUGCAAAUAAGGACAAAUCUUCUUCCUCAAAAUCAUAUGCUUUACAAAACAUACUACCACAAAAAUUAAGGGACACAGAUUUGAUUCAAUGGGAUCGAAAUGGUGAACAAGAAACUAUGGGAUUACUCACUGUCAUUCUUAGUUUAAUUCAUGUAAAUGGACGCGUCUUAUCAGACGAUCAACUUAGACAUUACUUUCGAACUCUUUACCUUGAGAACAAUCCAAAGUUUGAAUUAGACAAACUUUUGCCGAAUUUCGUCAAACAGGGAUAUUUGGAUAAACAGAAAUCAGGCUUUGCUGACAGUUCUUCACAAGCGCCAGAAAGGGAACAUGUAGAAUAUCGAUGGGGACCAAGGGCAAAAAUUGAAAUGCCAGAAGAAAAUCUUUGUGGUUUUAUUAAAUCAGUUUAUGGAGAUGAUGUACCAUCAGAUAUAAUUAAACAGAUUGAAAGGGCGUCUGGAAUCAGUGAUGGCAAAUGA